AUUUCUAGCUCAGUUGUCAUUCCGAGGCAGUGCUCAGCUCCUUCCUCGGUCCAAAUCGUUGGCAGGAUUUCAAUUCGUCGGUGGUUCAACUUCAAACCUUUACGGGCGGUUCUGCAGACUUCUCAUGUUCUUCGAGAGGAAGGGGAAUCACGACAAGACGACGGCGGCGGUCUUACGACUCUGCGUGAAAUCUGCCGAGGGCACGUGCCGGAGCACGUGCUGAGCAGGGCGGAAGGGUUUGGAUACGUUAUGCCGACGGAUGUGCAGAGCCACGCUCCGCCUGUUCUGCUUAGUGGGCGGGACUGUGUAAUUCAUGCUCAGACAGGUUCUGGGAAGACGCUGGCUUACUUGCUGCUGGUAUUCUCAGUUUUGAAAGCUCGGAGAUCAGCUGUGCAGGCACUGAUCGUGGUGCCUACCCGGGAGCUAGGAAUGCAAGUCACAAAAGUGGCUCGAAUGUUGGCUUCAAAGGCUGUGGGUGAUAAAUUGGAGGAGAAGUCGUCGUGCACUGUCAUGGCGCUUUUAGAUGGAGGGAUGUUGAGAAGACAUAAGAGUUGGUUAAAGACAGAACCACCUACUGUUGUGGUAGCAACAAUAGCGAGUUUGUGCCAAAUGCUUGAUAAGCAGAUAUUUAAGCUUGAUGCGCUGGAGGUUCUGGUUAUAGAUGAGGUAGAUUUCUUGUUUAACUCUUCGAAGCAAGUCAGUUCCCUUAAAAAGCUUUUGACAUCGUAUUCAUCAAGCAAUGAACGUCAAACUGUUUUUGCUAGUGCAACCAUCCCGCAGCACAAACGAUUUGUAUGACUACAUACAACAGAAGUGGACAAAGGUCUGUUUUGGUCAUAGUUCUAUUUAAAAAUACUUGCCAAAAAAGGAUCAGCUUUCCCAUAGUAAGUUCACUGAUGUUCUGCUACUCUGCUGCUUACUUAAAGAGAGAUGUGGUCCAUGUGCAUGUCAAUGCCAUUAAGCCAUUGCCAUCCUGCUUGCAACACAAAUUUGUGGUAUGCACUAAAAAGCAAAAACAUGCAAUUCUGCUUUCCUUGUUACAUUCUGAUGCCCCCAUGUCGGCAAUUGUUUUUGUUGGUGAACAGUCUGAGAAGUCAAAAAAGGCUGGGAAUGCUGCAUCAACUGUUCUUCUAGUUGUUUUCUUGAAUACUUCUUAUAGAGGUAGCUCAGAUGUCCUGCUUUUGGAGGAGGACAUGAAUUUCAAUUCUCGGGCAGCUUCACUUUCAGAAUUGAGACAAGGGGAAGGUUAUCUUCUUGUAGCAACAGAUAUAGCUGCAAGAGGAGUGGACCUGCCUGAAACAACUCAUAUCUACAACUUUGAUCUACCAUACCAAGAACUGCUGUUGACUACCUUCAUCGAGCUGGAAGAACAGGUAGGAAACCCUUUUCAGAUGAGAAAUGUAAUGUUACCAACAUUAUUGUGCUGGAGGAGCGAUUCGUUUUGCAAAGAUAUGAGAACGAACUGAUGUUUAACUGCGAAGAAGUAAUCAUUUGAUUCAAGUGUUGGCCCUUUUAUUCUGGAAUCAAGUUGUUGCAUACAUUUUCCGUACUCUAAUUCGUCUUUUUCUUGUGGAGAAAAAGAUUUGAUAUUCUAUCGGUUUAGUAGAUCAGAAAGAACUUAACAUGUUGUAUUACUGUUCGGAACUUGGGCCUUAUCAGUAUCUUCUGCUAACUCACAUUUCAAACAAAAACAAAGAAUUGUAAGGGUGAAGGAAUUUAUUAUUUAUAUUACAAGUCCAUCUUCAAUGACUGCGUUUUUAAAAAUAACUGUAACCCCAGAUCGAAUGUAGAAGCCUUCAGAAGUUCUGU